AUGCUCUGGGGUCCUCUGUCAGACCGCUACGGAAGAAGACCAGUCUUUCUUGUCUGUCUAACCGUGCUGAUUGGAGCAUGUGUGGGCAUCGCCGUCAUGCCCACCGAUGCAUUCUGGCUCCUGAUUGUCCUUCGCUGUCUGCAAGCAGCAGGUUGUGCCAGUACGAUCGCUUUGGGUGCUGGUGUGAUUGGCGAUAUCUCGACCCCAGAAGAAAGGGGCGGGUUUUUCGGCAUGUUCAACCUAGGUCCAAUGAUUUCACCGUGCAUAGCCCCUGCUGUCGGCGGUGCGCUUUCUGACCAUCUCGGCUGGCGGUCCAUCUUCUGGUUCCUUAUUAUCAUGGCCGUUUGCUGUCUCCUCUUCAUCCUGCUCUUUCUCCCGGAGACUCUCCGCAAUCUUGUAGGUAAUGGUAGCGUCUCCCUUGGGGGCAUUUACGUCCCCCUCCUGCCCGUAGUCGGCAGAUCCCGAAGAAAGAACAGAACCCCCCGCUCGAAGACCGGUGUCAAGCACUCAAUCAACCCCUUUGUUAUUUUGGUGUAUCCAGAUGUCGCCAUUACUCUGACCUUCACUGGCAUUGUGUACGCUGUCAAUAACACCGUCGUAACAACGAUUGCAUCUUCCUUUGCCAAGGUUUACCCUUGGCUGUCAGAAACGGCGCUCGGUCUAUGUUACCUGCCCACGGGGUUCGGAAUGAUUGUUGGCAGCACCCUGACUGGCAAGAUCCUUGACUGGGACUACGCCCGUAUCAAGAGACAGAUUGAGGCUUCCGACACUGGGAUUUUGUUCCCAAAAGAAUAUGCCCGAAUGAGAACCAUGCCGGUGCUCCUGGUACUUUUCUCUGGCGCUGUGAUAGCGUGGGGUUUCUGCGUUGACAAGGGAGUACACAUUGCUGUCCCAUUGGUACUCCAAGUAGUCUGUCAGUAUCAUCCCAAGACUUUGCCGCUCAUAGACGUGUGCUAA